UGGCGCUUAGGUUUUGCGCUAAAAAUUUCACGCAAGAUUCAUCUUUGAGAAACGGCUUCCAAGCACUAUCUCAUGAUCUCAUCACCCCCCUCCUCACGUUUUAGCCGUCUCAUGAUCUCAUCGCAACAUCCUGUUACUCACAUCCUUGCGUUAUCUGCUUUAGCCGUCCACCUCCCUACCACUGUGAGGAAUGGCACCAUCAAGCAAUGUCACCAACUCAACGGCUGGAAAUUCUUCAGCUGCCACUGGAAGUCAACAACAAGGAGAUUGUUCGAAGAAGAAAAAAGCUGGAAGAGGAAAAACCACAGGCAUAAGUGUUUCGAAAAGAAAAGAGAAGUCUGCAACUGGAAAAUUGCAUGUGCUUAUUCCACCUGGCAAGAUGGUGGCCGUAGGACCAGGAGCUCCAGAUUUUGUUACUGAAAUAUCUGUGCAAGUCCAAAAGAGAGCUCCUUUUAAUGUCAAGAAAUGGAAAAAAGUUCCUGAUGAGGCAAAAAAUGAUAUAGUAUCAAGAGUUUAUACCAUAACAAAGCUGUCAUUCUUGCUACAGCAGAUAGACUCUACCGAAGCCAUAGAGAGAGAUCCUGAAACUGGAAAGGAGCCUAAUUAUCAAGAUUUAUGGCGAAUGACUCACACAAACAACAGUGGGGUUUGGAUAAAUGAGGCUUCUAGGGAAGUUCAUGUGAGGGUUGAAGAAGCUUCUAUGCGGAUGUUAGAAGAAACAGAUGAGGACGCUGAUGAAGAUCCUAUUAUCAACAAGGCUUUUAAAUCAGUUGUAGGGGAACGUUCAGGGUAUAGUCGUGGUCUUGGUGCUGGAAUUCAACCUACAAAGGGAAAAUCUACUGCAGGUCUACAUGAACAAUUAGUGAGUGAACGAGAAAAGCGUCAGGGUAUAGAAAUGAAACUGAAAGCAGUUGAGUCUCAACUUCUAGAGGAGCGUAACAUUAGAGAAGAAAUGGCUACACGCAUUGAAGAUAGUCAAAAGCAGCUUGAAGAAAGAGAAAAACAAUUUGAAGAAAGGGUAGAAAAGCAGCUUGAAGAAAGAAUGGAAAAAAAAUUUGAGGAAAGGAUGGCGGCCUUCUUCUGUAGAACGCAAUUGGCUGGACAAUAUUCACAGGGUUGAAACUACUAAAAACAUGGAUUGCACACAUUCUCAAUUUUGUGUUAAUUGCAGGUCAAUUGGUGGAGUUUCAACUCACUCAUGAUGACAUACUCAAAGCAAUUUUAGGCAAGAAAAGUUGAUGAUGUGGUUGUCACGCUUUAUUUAUUGAUUAUGUAUGCUUGUUUUUUAUUUUGAGAACAAUACUUUUUAGGACCCAUUAAGUACUGGAAUAUUAUUUUAUUGUAUCCAAUUAUGUUUUUUUUUUAUGAAGUAUCCAAUUAUAUUUC